AUGGACUACUCGGAAGGCAUGGAUCAUCACGCGUCCGUCUUUUACAUCGGACAGCAUGAAUCAAAGCGGAGUUUGGAUGUAUCGCCAGAAUUGGUCCAACAUGCCCAAGACCUUGGAUAUGACAUGAUCACGAGCCCGAUCACGAACGACAACUUCCAUACCCGCGUUCUCGGCCUUCUCAACGCAUAUACUCAAACCCUCGCCGAGUCACAGUCGCAGCCACUACCCUUGAUACCUGCACUGGACAACCUAGACACACCCCUCGGCCCGACAGAUACCAUUGGUCAGCUCGUCACUUUCUCUAGCUCGUGGAUCGAUCUAUCCUCUCCAGACCCACUCAUUGCGCAUCUCUCGCGACAAGUCUUCCACCUUGAAGUCGCAUACGCAGGUUUCUGUGGUGUCACCAACCUCGUUGUACCUGGACCAAGGCUUGCUCAUGGGCAGGCAGGUGUGUCUCAGUAUGCUCGAUCGAUCAAGGAGGCUCUUCAAACAGGAUCCUACAUCCAGAUCCACGUCCAACUACCCAUGGACGGCAGACAGCCAAGCUCUAGUGAGGAUGAUCUGGGGGAUCUAGCACGCUUUGCGAGGCCUGAGUUUGAGCCGAGCAGCCAGGCGAAGACUCUUGAUUCUUGGAGCUCAUGGGACGCUUGGAACACUAUUAGAUCUAUCUGCAAGUACCACAAUAGAUUGUCAAUCAUGCUCGAUCUUCCUCGCCGACUUCCAUCUUUGGCUAUCCAGUCACGAUGGUUCUCAGAGCCUGUUAGACUGCUUAACCUUUUGGCAUCUUCCUUCCUUGUGAAUGCUCGCCAAUCCUAUGUCCUCUCAAAAGCACACCAAGUCUUCAUCUUUCGCUGCUUCCGUCUACAGCGUGGCCCCUGGUUACUCAUUUCCGACACUGGCCCACUCCCAGGUAUUGAUGAUCCGGACAUGAUCAUGUCAUACUCAACUGGACACCUUUCCCCUCGCACAGUAGAGGAUGCGCCGAGCGACGCGUCUUCCUCGCGUGCGCCAACUCCAGCUGAAGCUGCACAGUUGACACAAAAAGUGCCAAAGAAGAGCAGCAGCAGUAACGACCCCACACCACAUUUGAGUUAUAUGCGAUAUCUGCAACGUAAUCAGCCAACGAAGAGCCAGAUUGAACGUUUCGGUGGAGGAUUUCAAGACUACUUGCAAAGCCCACUACAACCACUGACAGACAAUCUGGAAUCGAUCACUUAUGAGGUAUUCGAGAAGGACCCGAUCAAGUACGCUUGGUAUGAGCGGGCCAUUGCACAGGCCUUGAAAGACUGGCAUACAGAGAGAAGAUCGACUAGUUCCGAAAAUGGCGCCGUCGUUAUUGCUGUCGUAGGCUCUGGUCGAGGCCCACUUGUAACGCGAGCUUUGAAUGCAAGCGCCAGCUCGGGAGUACCAGUGAAAGUCUAUGCAAUCGAGAAGAACCCCAACGCCUAUGUCCUUCUAAAGCGACACAACGUGGAAACCUGGGGUGGCCGAGUCACAGUCGUCAAGACAGACAUGCGAGCCUGGAAAGGUCCUGUACAAGCCGAUGGUACAUUAGGCAAUGUCGACAUUCUCGUCAGCGAGCUCCUAGGCUCCUUUGCUGACAACGAACUGUCCCCCGAGUGUCUCGAUGGAGUCCAACAUGUCCUCAACCCAGAUCACGGCAUCUCCAUUCCUUCCAGCUACACCGCCCACUUCACACCUAUCUCCACCCCCAAACUAUGGGCAGACCUAUACAACCGAAGCACAAACAUCGAUCCAAACGCCUUCGAUAUCCCCUGGGUUGUCAUGCUCACCCAAUUCGACUACCUCUCCGCAGAAGAAACACAAAACACAAUCGCCUCCCAACAGCUCACGAACGGAACAAAGAUGCAAAACUUCAACCUCGAGCCCCCUCUCGAGCCAAAUGUACAAACUGCAUGGGAAUUCACUCACCCUCUUCCCCCAUCCGUCCUGGCACAGUCUUCACUGCGUAAAGGUGGAUCCGCAGUCGGUGGCGGCGGUGGCUUCGUUGGCGGCGACGGCGCAAACGAACACAAUCUCCGCUACUGCAGGAUUGCCUUCCCCAUCAAGGAACCUGGUGUCUGCCAUGGUUUAGGCGCAUACUUUGAAACCGUGCUGUACAGUGGAUCUGAAGGCCCCGUAGAGUUGAGCACGAAUCCUGUUACUAUGGAGCAGAAGAGCAAGGAUAUGAUAUCUUGGUUUCCCAUUUUGUUCCCGCUAAAGGUCCCUAUGACUCUUCCUGCAAACUCGGAAGUGGAAGUUAGUUUCUGGAGGCAGACGGAUGAUCGCAAGGUGUGGUAUGAAUGGUUGGUUGAGAGCUACAUGGUAGUCAAUGGGCAGAGGAUACGGUUGGGUGUUUCGGAUUUGCAUUCUAGCAAGUCAAAUGGGUGUAUGAUGUAAGUCGAGCUUCAUGGACGGGGCUGAGGGCAUAGUUGUGUGUAGAUACCACAACUUCCACUUUUUUUUUUUAGACAAAAGCAAGAUCAUGACGAACAUCAUGGAGUAGUUGUCUUC